UUCCUUUUCUAAAAUACUCAGUGAAUGCCCCGUAAUCCCGCCUCCACGCUGCAACGCGCUCUUCGUGUCCCUCCCGAAACGGCUGCCUCCUCCCACUUGCGUCUUCGCUCCAAAUUCCUCUCUCUCUCUCUCUCUCUCUAAAACUCUAUCUCUGAUUUAUUGUUUCUCUUUCUGAAUUUAUCGAUCAUGGGGAGGAGGAGGAGCUCGCCGGUGAACAAGAUGUUCGCCUGGGUUCGGAGGCAGUCAAUGAAGGUGAAGACCUUCUUGGGCUUCACGACCGUGCUCUGCUCGCUACUCGCUCUGAAACUUCUCGUCAGAGAUUACGAUCACUUCUUCAUCGCGUCCGAGGCCAUUCACGUCGCCGGGAUCGCGGUCUUGAUUUACAAGCUUAUCACUCAGAAGACCUGCUCUGGCCUAUCACUCAAGAGUCAGGAGCUUACUGCCAUAUUCCUGGCUGUAAGAUUGUACUGUAGUUUUGUCAUGGAAGGUGACAUUCACACAGUACUCGACUUUGUCACACUCAUCGCUACCAUAUGGGUUAUAUACAUGAUCAGGUUCAAGUUAAAAUCAACCUACAUUGCAGAGUUAGACAACUUGGCAAUAUAUUAUCUGAUAAUUCCUUCUGCCAUUGUUGCUGUACUUAUCCACCCAUAUACCCAUCAUGCAUAUAUCAGCCGACUCCUCUGGGCAUUUUGUGUGUACAUGGAAUCUGUUUCAGUGCUGCCUCAACUUCGGCUGAUGCAGAAUGCAAAGAUGGUUGAACCAUUUACCGCCCACUAUGUAUUUGCGCUGGGUGUUGCAAGGUUCUUAGGCUGUGCUCAUUGGAUCAUUCAGGUUUAUGAUAGUGCUGGUAAAUACCUGUUCUUGGUCGGGAGCGGGUACUUUUGGCUACCGAUGGCUCUGCUUGCAGAAGUUGUUCAAACAUUCAUCUUGGCAGACUUUUGUUACUACUAUAUCAAGAGCUUCAUGAACGGCCAACUCCUGAUGACCCUGCCUCCUGUUUAGAAGUCUGAUUUUGAGUUUGAGAGGCUGCGACAAUGUAAAUGUUAUUUUGUGAAACUGGCUCUUAUUAUAAUUUAGACUGGGCGUUUGGUGCUUUUGAGAU